AUGCAAAAUUUUCAUGAUAAUAACGUAACCAAUAUGGAUGUAGAUGCUGAGAAUGCUAACAACACAUAUUCGAACGUAGCUUUAGAGACUACUGAGAGAAAUAAUGGUGUUGAAUUUAACGAUGCAGAUCUUCAUCAAUUUAAAGACGUAACUGAAAAUAUUUCGAUGAAUGCGCACGCAGACGUGAUUUCGAAUAGAAACAAGGACAAUUUUGAACAAAACCACACAAUGUUUUCUCAAAAUAGAGUUUUAACAGAAAGUGUUAACACAAAUAUCGUUCAAAAUACAGAUUUCGGAGCAGAUAAUUCAAAAAACACAACCGAAAAUGUAAUUUCGGCUAAUACAAACGAAAAUUUCAGACCAAACGACACAAAUCCUCUUGGAAAUAACGAUUUAGCAGAAGAAUGUAAAAUAAGCGAAGAAGAUUAUGAUUCAGAUGAAAUAAUUUCGUAUAAAGUGCUCGAAGAGUUUAACAAAGUUAAGAAUUUUGUUAGACGACCAAAUAGGAGAAUGUCCUGCGAUAGUUAUUCUUCUGAUUCGGGCUACAGAAGCGAUUCACAAAGAAGUAAUCGGAGUGCAUUACAGCUAUCAGGAUCUUGGAUAAACCAGUCAGGCAGUUGUUUAUUCCAUUAUCUACUGCAGUGCCCUCUGGUGGCGUCAACAAGAGACAUUACAGGCGAAAUUGCACAGGUGCUAGGUGAAUUAAUAGAUAAAUUGCAUGAAGAAGAAAAAUAUCCGAUAUUUUUAGAAGAAUUAUUAGAAAAUAUAGAUGUAACGUUACAACAAGUUUUUGAGGGGGUCAACAGUGAAGAAGACGAGUUCCUGAAAAAAGACGAGAGAAUCCAAAGGAUUUUGCUACUAAACAAAUCUGUGCACAUUCAAAUACAUACAAUUGGAAAAAUAAUGAAUAUACUAGAAAAAUUCCAUGCAAAUAUUAUAGAGACAGACUCAAUUUACGAACUACAAAACAUCGACGAGAUAGAAAAUGUUACAUACAUCUUCCACAUACUAGAAAUAGUAUUAAAAAAAUAUUUAAAAAAUAAACAAAACGAUACUCAGUGUACGACACAAAAUUCGCAGGAGAUUUUGAAAAAAAGUAGCAUCACCGACAUUUGGAGGAAAAAAUGGAAUCCGUGUCAGAAAAAAAUUGAGGGUAGUCGUGAAAAGAAGUGUGUUUUAAAAGUGCUUAGUAAUGUUCUGAACAAAAUUGUAGUCGACUGCAUGACUUGUUACAGCUUGGUCGCCUAUUCGGCGCUGAAAUGUUUCAACACAAUGCAAAAUUAA